AUAGUUUCCCUUUUUCCUUUUGCAUUGCUGCAUUUCCAGAUCAAAUUAGUUCAGUUUAUUCCGACCAUGGCCGCCGCGCUUAGCUUCAGCAGAUCGGAUAGCAUUGCAGACAGCAUGCCCGAAGCGCUGCGGCAGAGCCGGUAUCAGAUGAAGAAGAUCUUCUCCAGGUAUGUCUCGAAGGGUAAGAGGUAUAUGAAGAACCAACAUCUGAUGGACGAGCUCGACAAAUCGGUGGACAACGAACUCGAGAAAGCGAAGCUCAUGGAAGGUUUUCUUGGCUACAUCAUUAGCUCCACACAGGAAGCAGUAGUCCUUCCUCCAUAUGUAGCCUUUGCAGUGAGGCCUCAGCCCGGAAUCUGGGAGUAUGUUAAGGUGCAUUCCAAUGAUCUCUCGGUCGAGGGAAUCACGCCAUCAGAGUACCUAAAGUACAAAGAAACUUUGUUUGAUGAGAAAUGGGCGAAGGACGAGAAUGCGUUGGAAAUCGACUUCGGGGCUUUCAAUCUAUCAACCCCUCUCCUAGCACUGCCUUCAUCCGUAGGGAAUGGAAUGCAGUUCGUGUCGAGAUUCUUAUCUUCGAAACUGGGCGACAAGUCCGAGAGCAUGAAACCGCUUCUGGACUACUUACUCGCGCUCAAUCACCGCGGAGAAAAACUGAUGAUAAAUAAUGCCAUCGACACCGUAAACAAGCUCCAAACUGUGCUGCUUCUGUCAGAAGUGUUCGUCAGCGGGCUUCCGAAGAACACACCGUUCCAGCGAUUCGAACAAAGGUUUCAGGAGUGGGGUUUGGAGAAAGGAUGGGGGGAUAAUGCAGAAACAGUUAAGGAGACACUGAACUGCUUAUCAGAAGUGCUUCAGGCACCAGACCCUGCAAAUAUGGAGAAAUUUUUCAGUAGAGUCCCUAACAUUUUCAAUAUUGUCGUAUUCUCCGUGCACGGCUACUUUGGGCAAGAAGACGUGCUCGGAUUGCCCGACACUGGCGGCCAGGUUGUUUACAUUCUAGACCAAGUAAAAGCCUUUGAAGAGGAAUUGCUCCUCAGAAUCAAACAACAGGGCCUGAAUAUAACUCCCCAGAUUCUUGUGUUAACAAGGCUGAUACCGGAAGCCAAGGGGACGAAAUGCGACCAAGAGCUCGAGCCGGUGCACGACACGAAGCACUCGCACAUCCUCCGCGUGCCGUUUCGGACGGAGAACAGAAUUCUCAACCAGUGGGUCUCGCGAUUUGAUAUCUACCCCUAUCUCGAGAGAUAUGCGGAGGAAGCUGCUGCUAAAAUUAUUGAUUACUUGGAGGGGAAACCGGAUUUGAUCAUCGGAAAUUACACCGACGGAAAUUUGGUCGCGUCUCUAAUCUCAUCGAAACUAGGAAUCACUCAGGGAACAAUCGCGCACGCUCUCGAAAAGACCAAGUACGGAGAUUCUGAUGUUCAUUGGAAGGAAUUGGAUCACAAGUACCAUUUCUCGUGCCAAUUCACAGCCGAUAUGAUCGCGAUGAAUACCAGCGAUUUCAUUAUCACGAGCACAUACCAAGAAAUCGCCGGAAGUAAGGAUAAGGUUGGUCAAUAUGAGAGCCACUAUGCAUUCACAAUGCCAGGCCUAUGCCGCUACGCGACGGGCAUCAACGUUUUCGACCCAAAGUUCAACAUAGCUUCUCCAGGAGCCGAUCAAACGGUCUACUUCCCCUUCACACAGAAGCAGAAGCGCCUCACGCAAUUCCACCCCGCCAUCGAGGAGCUCUUAUACAGCAAAGUUGACAAUGACGAACACAUAGGGUACCUAGAAGAUAAGAAUAAGCCGAUCAUCUUCUCGAUGGCGCGGCUCGACGUUGUGAAGAACAUCUCCGGAUUGGUAGAAUGGUACGGGAAGAACAAGCGGCUAAGGGACCUAGCGAACCUUGUGGUGGUGGCCGGCCUUUUGGACCCGGAAAAAUCGAAGGACAGGGAGGAGAUCAUGGAAAUAAAAAAGAUGCACUCGUUGAUCGAAACGUACCAACUAGCGGGUCAGAUUCGCUGGAUAGCCGCGCAAACUGAUCGGGCUCGGAACGGCGAGCUGUACCGAUGUAUCGCUGACACUAAGGGAGCAUUUGUUCAGCCUGCAUUGUAUGAAGCAUUCGGGCUAACCGUGAUUGAAGCGAUGAAUUGCGGCCUCCCGACAUUUGCAACAAACAAAGGAGGGCCAGCUGAGAUAAUCGUGGACGGGGUCUCCGGUUUCCACAUCGAUCCGUACAACGGGGAUGAGACGAGCAAUAAGAUUGCCGAUUUCUUUACUAAGUGCAGGGAUGAUCCAAGUUACUGGAACAAGAUUUCCACUGCCGGGCUGCAACGUAUCUAUGAAUGCUAUACAUGGAAGAUCUAUGCCACAAGAGUGCUAAAUAUGGGAUCAAUUUACGGCUUCUGGAGGCAGCUGAACAAGGAGGAGAAGUUCGCGAAGCAGCGCUAUCUCCAGCUGUUCUACAACCUCCAGUUCAGAAAAUUGGCGAAAACAGUGCCUACGGUGAGCGAUCAAAUACCACAGGCACCAACCGUGAGCCAGAACGGCACGAUAAGUAUCACUCCAAAAGUACCGCCAAAGCAAAGACGCACGCAGUCGCGACUGCAGAGGGUGUUGACGGACUUUCUCACGCCAAAGCUGCCAAUCCCCGAAGCAGCAGUUGGUGAAUCUUGAAGGAGAGAAAAAAGAGAUUGGAUCUGAUUCAUGAGCCGAGAUUAUUGCAUCAAGAUUGAUUAUUGGCUGAUUUAUAAUAGUUGAGAUGAUCUUUUCUCUUUCUUUUCAUUUUUUUUUUCUUUACCAGUGUCAUGUACAUGUUGUUUGUGAUUGUAAUGUUGCUGCAAUGUAAAAAAAUAAAGCUGCAGCAAUAUUUGUUUACAUUAUUGUGUCAUGCACCACAAUGCUAUCUACAAGAAGUUUCGUGUUCGAAUAUUA